CAUAGAGACAAGAAUUUUUUUCCAUUUAGUUUACUAAUGAUUAAAAUUAACUAUCAAGAAAAUUAUAUAAAAAUGAUGUAUAAAAUUAGAGAAAAUUUUAAUUUCAUUGAUAAACCUUUAUUCUAUACUUGUCUUGGUGAAUUCUUAGGAACAUUUAUUUUAAUGACAAUUGGUCUUGGCAUUAUGAUUCAAAAUGUUGUACAACGUUGUAAAAAUGAUCAUCUUGAUAAUCAUAAUAAUAACAGGUAUUUAACAAUUUCUACUGGAUGGUCAAUAGCAUUUAUACUAUCUCAAAUGAUUUCUAGUAUUUUAAGCUAUGGUUUAAUGAAUCCAGCUAUGACAUUAUCAUUUGCAUUGAUUGGUAAACUAUCAUAUCAUUAUGUAUUACCAUUAACUGUAGUCCAAUUGAUUGGUUCAUUUUUCUCUACUCUAAUCUUAUUUAUUAUUUAUUAUGAAAAUAUUUUCAAUAAUUUUUCACAGUCUAAUAAUCAAUUGAAUUCAACUAUUAUUGAAUUAUUUAUAUUAGUACCAUCUGCAUCACAUUAUAUAUGUUUUUUUGAUCGAUUUAUUUUGACUAUGAUUACAACAGUAUUUAUUUUAUCAUUAAAUGAUAAUAGAAAUUAUGAUAUGCAUAAAAUUUAUCGAUCAAUAUAUAUGGCAAUUUUUACAGCUGGUCGAAUUGGUGCCUUAUCAAUGAAUGCUGGUACUUCUAUUAAUCCAAUACGUGAUUUAGGUCCAAGAUUAGCUAUAGCUGUAUGUGGAUGGGGUAUAAGUGUAUUCAAAACGCAUAAUUACUACUUCUGGAUACCAAUUGUAGCACCAUAUCUUGGUUCUAUCCUUGGUACAUUAUUACACGAACUGAUUGUCAGAACUCGUUUGAGUGAAAAACAUGAGGAAGAUUUCCAAAGUACUGUCAACCUAUCAAGCUAAAAAUCUACAUUAACUAUGGACCCGUGUCUUCUACUUGUAAACGACAGAAGUG